AUGAAAAAUUGUGAAAACAUUUGUGUGAGGGAGGCUGAUAACAGUCACUUGGAUGCUAGGAUGGGACCGGACUCAUACUGUGUGAGCCCAGCAUUGGAAGCAGCUGUUGCUUCCGAAGCUGCAAUGGUAAAUUCAUGGCCACCAAAUGAGGUCACUGUCUUUGCCGCAGAACCUAAUGCAGAACCUGCCAAAGUUAUCGCUUCUCCACCUUCUGAAGUAACUAUUGUCACGACGCUCGCUCCAACGGCUAAGAAAUGGAUGAAAACAAAUGAGUCUUCGCUUGUUGCGUCCGAGAAAACACUAGCUGCAUCGCUUGUCCCUACACCAAAAGCACUCGUGGCAUCUGAAGCACCUGCAGUGACGACGGAGACAAUUGCAGAGGUAGCGUCUCCGAAGUCAGACGUUAUUGUGGAAAGAACUGUAGAAAAAUCAGUAACAUUGAACGUUAUUCGGAAUUUGAGAGAAAGUGGGUAUACUUUGGCGAUCUUCGAUAAUAACGGGUUCUCCGUUAGAGCAUUGGGUUAA